AUGCGAAGUUUUCCUCUUCCAAAGCGAGGGAAAAAAUUAUCAAUAGAAGACAAGAAACUCAAAAACUUGAAGUCAAUGGGACUUCCAUGGAUAACUAUCCAAACAACAUCGUUCAGAUCAAGCCCACAAACGCCAGAAAAAGGAAAUGAAAGAUUCGACAUCAGGGAACAUAACGAUAAGAAACUCAGGCGCCAAUCAAAUUCAGCUCCUGUAACUCCACAAGCAAUGUUCAGGCCAUUUUCUUCAUCAACAGUUACAUUUGAUAGCGAAGAAAUGCAAAUUAUAGAAAAUAGAGAUGAUUAUCGUAAACACUCAGCAUUAAGAAAAUCUCCAUCCAAAUUACAACAACUUCAACUCCAAAUUAUUGAAAAAGAGAAAGAAAAAGAAAGAUUAAGACAAGAAAAUCAACAAAAGGAAGAACAACCUCAAAUCCCCGAAGUUGAUUCUUUCAUAUCCAUCAAAUUUGAUCAAGAGGAAUCAUAUCUUAAAGAUGUUCCACAAGAAUACGACGAUCAAAAGAAACAAAACGAACCUGUAUAUCAAUCCGAUGAUAAUACAAUCAAAGAUUUACGAAUUAGUGUAUUAAAAUACUGUAAUAGUCUCAAAAGUACUAUUGAUGACAAAAAUGUUCAAGAGAUUAAAGGCACAAUCAAUCAAACUCGUUAUGGAACCGAGAUUCGAAUUAAUCCAUCACGAGGUCGUAAACGAGUUCAACAAGCUAUUGUUGAUCACUCAAUCCAAGAUGAUUCAUUAGACAUCUUCUCACAUGAACGUAUUUUAUCAUCAGAACAGCUUGAAGAAGAGAAAGAAAUCCGUAAAAAUAUUGUUUGCACAACAUGUGGUUCUAAUUUGAAAACAUUUAUUCAACAAAACGACAUAAUUCCACCAUCAUUCUUAGAUGAUGUUGAUAUCAAGAUAACACAACCACAAUUUAACACAAUUCAGAGAAAUCCAUUGAAAAUCCCAUUUCCUCAAAAGAAUUAUUCUUAUAAUCUAUGA